CCGAUUCACCUUACGAACCCCAUGUCUUCCCAAGCACAGCAGAAGACGAAUACAAAAUCCAACAUACUCCAUGUGGCAUUGACACGAGUUGCCGCCAUCGGUGUCUUGCUCGGUCUGUCGCUUGUCACCUGGGCAUACCGUCGCGCUCUCGAACCCCAGUAUGGAUCUGCUCCCACUACCCUCCAUCUCAGCAAGAUCGUAUGGUCUGCAAGUAUCCUGGGAAGCUUCGCACCCACAGUUCCCCUCUCCCGAGCUACACUAGGACUUGCGCUUCUCUUGUAUGCACUCCCCACAUCGUCAUACUGGGUGGCGGCCUACACUGCGAGGCUGGGAGACCCUAUACUGGGUCCCGUCGCGACACACCUGACUGUGUUGCUGCCAGUGCUGUCACUCGGUGUAGCUCUCGUCAAGGCACUACAGGAAGCACCAUACGCUGAAGGGGACUCGAAGAGUCCUCAGUCGUCUAUCACCCUUCCGGUCUGCGCAACUGCAAUCAACUCUCUUCAGGGUCUCUGGCCGAUAGUCACAGUCCUGUCCUCAGCCCCAGAAGACCAAGUUUUCAUGCAAUUAGGUACCGCUGCAAUGGCUUGCUGGGCUAUAGCGCCUUUCCUUCCGGACGUUGGCGCGCCGCCUCCUGGCGCAACGAAGUCACUCGCUGCGGCUCCCGACCCUGCUACGCCUGACCCUAGAGGCAAGCGUAAGAAGGGUAAACAUGAGAAAGAGGCCACGGCACACUCUACGACGACCGCUCCGCCCCCACCAGUGCGCAAGGAAGCCUCCGCCGGCAUGGCGAGAAUCCGACUUGCGCUGAUCCCUGUCCUCCCUUACUUGACACAUACAGUCUUACGUGGUCCAACGCUCCCUCACCCUCUCCUCGAACCAUGGACUCAUCCAUCGUACCCGUUGCGCAUCCUCUCCUCUGAGCAGUCGGCGUACUCAGGCGUGGUGGUUGUCGGCGAAUCAUUGGGAUCUCAGAACAGUUCCGGUAUUGAGAAUAUGCGCUAUCUCCGCGCAGGGCAUUCGCUACUGGGCGGAGUUUGGGUCGGUCCGAAGGCGGUAACCACGGAACGAGACCUUUUGCUUCAGGACGCGGCAGGAGAUAAGCUGGGAGAUUCCGUUUAUACUGCGUUCAUCCUCCAAGAAGCCACGCUUCUGGCCAAGAAGGCGGGCAAUGCCCGCCCGAAGAACGCUCUCAUAGUCGGCCUAGGCACUGGUAUCGCAGCGACCUCGUUCAUCCGUCAUAACCUUUCGACGACUAUCGUCGAGAUCGACCCUGCAGUUUAUGACGCGGCGAGACGUUUCUUCGGCCUUGCCGAUCCACAUCAGGUCUUCCUAGAAGACGCUAGGGGAUGGGUGCACAAUCGCAGCGAGGUGGUCAAGGCCCAGGCUGAGAGCGUAAAUUUGGCGACGUUUGAGCCUUUUGAUGUCGUCGUCCACGAUUGUUUCUCCGGCGGGGGCAUUCCUUCCCAUCUGUACACGCAACAGCUGUGGCAAGAACUGAAGAAUAUUAUCCGAUCGGAUGCCAUCAUCGCAGUGAACUACGCGGGGGAAAUCACGUCCGACUCCGCCAAGGCAAUCGUACUCACCCUACGCUCCGUCUUCCCACAAUGUCGCGCAUUCUACGACGCCAUGGAGCCAUCGGCGAAUGCUGUCGAUGAGUUCCAGAACUGGGUGUUCUUCUGCACACCUUCGAGCGAGCCGCUCGAGUUCCGCAAGGCGGUCGCGUCCGACUUCCUCGGUUCGUACCUACGGCGGCAUAUCCUCUCCAGCCUGGAGGAGCGCGAGGGCGAUAUAUCCGGUCUGGGAACCGACAUUGCUGAGGACAAGCGUGAGCGGUUCAUCUUGAAGGAUUUGGCGAAUCCGUUGGGCGAUUGGCAGCAGAAGGACGCGAUCCACCAUUGGAAAAUCAUGCGCGCAGUACUGCCGGACGUGUUCUGGGAGACGUACUAAAGUUGCAUGUAGUUGUACUGUAGCAAAGAACUCAUGCUGCUGUUUCUGCCCGAGAUAUCGAAACCCGAUGUCUUGGCAGAACAUGAAUACCAUCACGAGUUCACAACUCC